AUGGCAGCAGCACACUCCCCUGCAUCGUCACCACGGUUGCCCUCACCUCCACCAAUCGCCGAAGAUCAACUCGGACCUGCAUCACCCGGCUUGUCGCUGUUCGAAGAGCAUGGCAAGCUACCGAGCAAUGCGAUAGACACGGGAGCAUCGAGGCGGAUACGGCCGGGCACGAAAGCAGAAGACAUGGCCGAAGGGCCACCAUUGGUUGAGCUCCAUGAGAUCGACUCAGCCUUCCAACUAACCGAACACCUCAAAGCCCUCCACUACAACCACACCCACCCACCCAACACCACAACCACGAACCCAAUCGUCCCCGAGAUCGCCAAACAGCUCGCCCAACCACCGCCCAACACCUCCCGCGAAAUCUGGCUCUACGAACUCGGCCGCUUCCUGAUCCAGAAAACCAACUCGAUCAUCGUCGCUCUCUUCGCCGACGACCCUCCUUGCUCCCCGCAAACCUGCUCUGAGAUGCGCGCAAGCGAAUGGCAGUACCUCUGCGCCGUCCACGACCCGCCUAAGAGCUGCGCCGCGAUCGACUACUGCUGCCACACCCUCGACUGGGCCGCCACGACCUUGACAAGCAGUAAGAUGUUCCCGUCCCGUCUUGGCCUCGGGUCUGGUGCUGCGGGUCUGGGUGCUGGUCCCCAGAACGCGGAUAAAGUGCUUCAGCAUCAGAUUAAAGAGUUGACGAAUAUUUUCCGGAGGGUGUAUAGGAUUUAUGCGCAUGCUUGGUUUCAGCAUCGGGAGAUGUUCUGGCGGGUCGAGGGGAAGACGGGGUUGUAUGUGCUUUUCAAGACGGUUUGCGAUGAGUAUGGGUUGAUUCAGGCGGAGAAUUAUACCAUCCCGCCUGAGGCUGAGGGGUUGGAGCCGGCGGAGCUGGUGGUGGAGGAGAGAUCACAGCUGCCUACGAGUGUGUUGGAGCGGCCGGGCAAGAACGAAGAGGUACAGGACAGUGUGACGGAGGAGAACAGAGUGCUUGCGGUUGGUAACACGAUUCAGAGGCAUACGAGGACGAAGUCAAACCUUACGGAUUCCGCGGCUAGUAUCAAGGAAGAAGACGAGGAGCCCGAGACUGAGAUUGAUCAGCGGAAGCCUGAUCUCGGGCGUCAGGCGAAGGAGAUGAAGGCUAUAGCUGAGAGCUUACCGCAGCCGGGACAGAAAGUUGAGAAAGCUGAGGACAGUUUUGAGAAAGAGCCUGCUGAGACUGCGGAGGGUGGGACGAAGGAUAGUGAGGACGAAGUGGAAGGAGAACCGAACCUUGGUAUCCAACGCAGUGAUACUAUCAAGCCUCAUCACAAGGAGGCUGCGUCCGAGCAGACUGAAGAGAGCGAGGAUGUGGAGACCACUGUUGUGGAAGUCGAACCAGACGAGGCUGAGGAUGGAGCAAAAGAGCCAGCGAUUGUGGAGGUCGAAGGAGAGGCGAAGGUGGAGGUCAUGGAGCCUGAGGCGCCUGCCAAAGAACCGGAGGAGGCUGGCAAGAGUGUUGCGGAUUGA